GUCCGGAGAGAAAAACCCCACAUGAGCGAUUGCUCUCGAAGCAAGAAGAAUUCAAACUUCAUCGUGGUGACGGAUAUGCCAGUCCCCACUGCACCCGCGACAUUCAACAGCACAUACGAAGUAUUCCGCAAAAGCAUCACAAUCCCACGCCCUCGCCCUCUCAACCCACAUCCUCUGCUGGGCCUCAUCCCAACCAAUCUCCCUUCUAGCCUCCUACACAGCAGCCUUCUCGUCCUUUCAAGACUUUGCAAAAACAGCGACGCAGUAUAGCAUCCCACCAAACGUCACAGAUACUAGCGUCGUCGUCACGUAUACGACCGUGCCGGAGUGGUAUAGUGCGCUGCCGGAGAACGUGAAGAGGAAUAAUGAGAUUAAUGUUGGGUUGUU